AUGAGCUCGAGCUUGCUAGAUCUCGGUGAGGCUAGUGAACUCAAGCCUCACUUGUGGCCUAUUGCUGGCUAUCUUGAGGCUCAGCGACAUGUGGAGGAAGGUCAUACGACAGGAGACCAAUAUCUUCAUGCACGUGCAAGUCUCCAGCCAGUUUCCGUGGCCAUCGACGCAGGCGAAUCAGAUUUCCAGUUCUACUCCACCGGCAUUUUCACCGGGGAAUGUGGGACCGAUCUGGACCACGGGGUCACCGCGGUCGGGUACGGGACAAGUGAGAACGGAACCAAGUACUGGUUGGUCAAGAAUUCGUGGGGCACCGGAUGGGGCGAGGAGGGAUAUAUCAGGAUGCAAAGGGACAUUGAUGCUGCGGAAGGUCUUUGCGGCAUUGCCAUGGAGGCUUCAUAUCCAACUGCAUAA